AUGCGUAGGUCUGUCCCAUCAGUUUCUCGCUAUUCAGCGACAGAACAGACGACAGCUCAGCGUGUACAGUGGACCUGCUCUCAACUCGAUUGUCACGCUUCGAAGGCACUUGUUCCUGGGCUUCUGCUGAAGCCAUCUUUCACCGAAAUGGAAGGUCCAAUAGCAUUAUUCAUCAUUCCCACAUACUUCAAAGACGACCAGAGCAAAAUAGCAGAUUUGGACCGACCCUCUUUCCUGUAA